ACUCUUUUUUUUCUUUCUUGACAGCAGUACAGACCAGAGGACAAGUCCAUAAAUCCUUAGUACUCACAACGGCACGUACCUCUGCGAGCACGCGACGCGUGGGAGGAGAAGGCUCGAGAGGAUGGGCACUGGCAGCGGCAGCGGGGACGCCGUCCUCCGGCAGGAUCCAUGGUUCGCCUCGUUGGUCAUCCUCGGCGCCCUCUACGUAGCCGCCGUCGCGCUCCGCCUCCUAUCGCACUCGCACCUCCUACGCCAAGGGCCGACGGACCUCCGGCGCCGCUACGGGCCGUGGGCCGUGGUCACGGGCCCGACGUCCGGCAUCGGGCGGUCCAUGGCCCUGGAGCUCGCGCGCAGGGGCCUCAACAUCGUCCUCGUGGGCCGCGACCCCGCCAAGCUCCACGACAUCUCCCAGGCGAUCUCCAAGGCUUCUUCCAACACCGUGGAGACCAAGGCCGUCGUCUUCGAUCUCUCGCUCGUCUCCACCCCUCAAGGCGACGAGGCGGUGCGGCGGUUCCGGGAGGCGGUGGCGGGGCUGGAGGUCGGGGUGCUGGUGAACAACGCCGGGGUGGCGAAGCCGUGCUCGGUGUAUGUGCACGAGGUGAACGUGGAGGCGUGGGUGAGGAUGAUCCGGGUGAACCUGUGGGCGCUGACGGAGGUGACGGCGGCGGUGCUACCGGGGAUGGUGGAGCGGCGGAAGGGCGCCAUCAUCAACAUCGGUUCCGGGUCCUCAGAGGCCAUCCCCUCCUUUCCCCUCUACUCCAUCUACGCCGCCUCCAAACGGUAUGUUGCCCAGUUCUCCAGGAGCCUCUACGUUGAAUACAGGAACAAAGGAAUCGAUGUGCAAUGUCAGGCCCCGUUGUACGUGGAGACGAAGAUGACCUCGGGCGUGCACGCGAGAUCCUCCCGCAAGCAGCGAUCAGCCCUGUCGCGGCUGAUCGUGCCGACGUCCGACUCGUACGCGGUCGCGGCGGCGCGCUGGAUCGGGGAGCGCCGCCCGCUGUGCAUGCCCAACCUGGGGCACCGGCUCCAGUGGGCGCUCUGCCGCGCAGUGCCGGACCGCGUCCACGACGCGCUGCGCCUCCGCGAGAACCUGCGGCAGAGGGCCCUCUUCCAGCGGCUCAGAUCCGCGAGGCUCCCCGGAGCCCCCCAACAAACAAAGCUGGAUUGAAUUGGUUGGCGCAUGUGUAACCAGUGUCUGCCCGUAUUAUCAGCAUCAGCCAGCUGCAUUUUUUCCGUGAAUGUACGCCGUGCUUGCUUCUGUCUACGAUGCCGAAUAUCUAUUUAGUAAGACACGUAUUGGGAAGUGCUAACCAAAUUGUGUCGCAGAGGUCGGUUGCCCAACUCUGUGGCGCUUAAAUGUAUUUCAGUUACCUAAACAAGUAAAACAGACAGCAACAGAUAUUGCUGCGAAACUCUGGAUUGA